AUGUUCAUCAGCAAAGAGGAAAUGAAUCGAACUUUGGGUGUGAAAGCUGAGCUGAACUACAUUGAAAUGGGUGGCAUCAACACUUAUUCCACAAAGUUUCACUACAGAGUUAUGGCUAACAUUGAUUAUGUUUCUUUCACUUGGAAUGCUGUUGGACAGGUCGAUUAUGAUGUUCGUGUAGAAUCUGAUGAUUCCUCGGUUCUCCCUAUCGUGCGGAUUCCGUUAAAGGGUCGUGUACCAGCCUCCUUCCAAGACUUCAGUGUCGAAUACAGAUGCGCGGGCCACAGAUCUGGACAAUUUACUGUCAGUCUAUAUUUCAAUUUCUACUAUGACGGAAAGACGGUGCCGGUUAAAUUGAGACAAGAGAAAAUAUGUGCGUCGCGAGACGGUCGACGGGGUCUAAAUGGAGGCUACGAAGGAGCUGAAAUUGAUGAUCAUGAAUCUAUCGACAAGGCAUUUUUUGUUAUCAUCUGUAUUGCUGCUGCCUUCUUGCUCAUUGUUGCAGCCACCCUGAUUUGUUAUUUCAAGCGAUCCAAAAAAGAAGAUAUGAUUCAGUCUCGUCUUCCAACAUCUUUCCGGAACUCGUUGAAAUCCACAAAAAGCGCGCAACCAUUCCUUUUGAGCACUCCGAGAGAUGGACCUCAAACGCUUUCUGCGGUUUCAAGCGCUCCUUGUUCUUCCUCAACGUCGGGGAAUUCAAUAAUCCCGGACAAGCCACGAAACAUUGACGUGAGACGUGCAUUGUUACAACUAUACCAAGAUCGAGAUGCAUUCCAACCUUUACCCUAUGUAGAUAUGGAAGGCACUUUCGGCGAAGUGAGAUAUGCAAUUUGGCGUCAAGUAGACGACGUACUCAAUGGAGACGUUGAUGAUGAAGAGGAUGCGUUCUGCAAUCAGGAAGCAGUUUACACUAAAACAUUAAAGAAGAAUGCCUCAUCGAUUCAGCUGGAUCGGUUUCUGUCAGACGCGCUUCUUUUCUACAACAUCACACCUCACCAAAACUUGUCUCAAGUGGCAUGCGUCGCUUCAUUCGGAAGAUUCGACCGCCCGGAAACUGUCACAGAUUUUCCAUUGGUCUGUUACAGGCAUCAAGGUUUUGGAAACUUGAAGAAGUUCUUAGCCAAUUGUAGACUUGGUGACAAAACUAAAGGCGCACAAACUCUUCGUACUCACCAGUUGGUUGCAUUAGCUACCCAACUUUCCUCUGCUGUUGCUCAUCUUCACAAGUAUCGAAUCGUCCACAACGAUAUUGCUGCCAGAAACUGUUUGAUUGCUGAGGUCAGCGGACGUUUACAAGUUCAGCUAUGUGAUUCUGCACUUUCCCGUGACCUCUUCCCAGCUGAUUAUCACUGUUUGGGGGAUAACGAAAACCGUCCAUUGAAAUGGAUGUCUCCAGAGGCCAUCGCCAGUGGAUUAUAUUCUUCGGCCGCCGAUGUGUGGUCCCUUGGAGUGCUCAUGUGGGAACUUAUGUCGCUCGGAGGCUCACCAUACGCAGAAGUUGAUCCCGAAGAUGUUUAUACAAUGAUUCUCAAAGGAGCCCGCUUACAUCAACCAAACAACUGUCCAGACCAAUUGUACAAAGUAAUGCUCUGCUGUUGGCGUAUUCUCAGUGAAGAACGUCCAAGCAGUGAACAGGUCGUCCAUGGACUCCGCGACUUCAACAUUCAACUCAGCCAAUACAUCUAA